AUGCCAUUAUUAGCUAAUCCCUUCCCGCACGUAUUCAACUCGCUCAAUGCCCGUGAUGCUCCUCCCGUAUCCUAUCUGGUCUUCUACUCGGAUAUAGUGAAUGGUCAGAUGUGGUGUCCUGACUGUAGAGACGUCGAAUCAACAGUCAAACAAGCUUUCGAUGCACCUGAUAAACCCAAAGCUAUCAUAUACUGGGUAGGUAGCAUAUCAGAAUGGAGGGCACCUAAAAAUAAAGCCAGGGUAGAUUGGAACGUGAACAGUGUACCUACCAUACUGAAAAUCGAAAAUGGAAAAGAAACCGGCAGAUUGGUCGAACAGGAGAUCCUAGAUAAGAAGAUAUUCGAAGCGUUCCUAAAAUAA